AGUUCUACGUAUCGAAUGAAUCCUGCAUCAUCUAUAGACGAGCUUUAAUUAUUAUUACCGCAUUGAAAUUCGAAUUUUUUAACUGAAAAAGUUUCACCUUUAGAUUGUGAUUUGACUCGUGUUUCUCGCUUUUUUCGCCCGUUUUAUGAAAAAAAUUUUGAAAAUAUUUCGCAUCCUACAACUUUUUAAAAUUUAUUUCAUCAUAAUAAUUUUUAAAUGCGGUAUUUAUCGCGUAGUGUUGUGUCAUGAAUUUCCAACUUUUUUGGAUCAUCUUCGUGACUGUUAUUCUUACCAACGAGAGGUCGUCCGCAGACGCAAGACCAGAUGUUGAUAUUCAAUCGUUUAUUAGAGAGAUUGUCGAAGUGAAAAAGGAGCUGGCAACGUUGACGAAUGAUGAAAUAGCAGCUUUAAUUAUCAAUCUAAAAAAAAGUCAUCAAAAUGAAACUCAUGUAUUGGAGAAACAACUGCAGGAUGAGACCAUUUUACGAAGACAACUGCAAUCGUUACUCGAUUUCGGAGAGCUAAUCGAAGGUUUUGUGGAUCGGUGCUACCCUAAGUGGGCUAGUAAUCGAAGUCCUAAGUCCUAUACACCGAUAGAAGUUUGGCAAAAUCUUUUUUUAAACGUAGAAAAUCCGGAGGUUAUGUUUCUCAAAAAGGAAUUACGAAAGGCCGGUAUUUCGAAAGCAUCAUUCGUCGAAAUUAUAAAUCAGUUUUUAAAAGGUAGAAACGAAAAGGCACACUAUAUGAUGUCACCUAAAGAACGACAAGACGCGUAUCCUGAAUUACUCAAAAUACUAGAUGACCCCGAACGAUUAGUAAUGAAUGUUAUUCUCAAGUCUACCCUGACGUUUAAAAAUAAUUAUGGAAUAUCGGAAAACAAAUGGGAUCCUUAUUCAACAGCUUCGCCAACUACAUCCACUCCUGAUCCUGACGCUAAAUUAAUCAAGGAAAUUUUAGAAGAAACAAAAGGAGAUCGGGAAUCAAUUAAAUUACUGGAAUUGUGUGCGUCUAAAAUUGAAUACCACGAAGACGAUGUGGAAGCAGCAUUGACGAAAUUCAUCCAGCAGUUGAAUGAUAAACCGGGUUCAACAAAAAUAGAACCUCGUGCUUUUUUUGCGCACAAAUACCAAGCUUAUGUUUUGUUUGAUAGUUUUGAUAGCGCCCAUUUAACGUGGACGAACAUAAAAUCUUCUCCGAAGAAAGUUACUGGUCUUGUUCCUCAAUAUCUUGAAAACAUGGCUCUUAAAACUGUGGAUACAAUACCUUUGUUAAACGAAAAUGCGGCCGAGUUGAAAAUUUGCGAAAUUAAAAACCCAUCCGACCCAAGUGUUGAGAGCUGGGACGCUAAUAAGGUCAUAGGCGAGUUCCAGGACGGUAAAAUCAUCAGAAAGAAUAGGAUCAAAGAAUUAAGGAAGAUGGCGGAUAACAAAGCAGUGAUGGUUAGAUUCGAUACCUUGGAAAGUAUCCUGAUCGCCUAUCAAAAAAUUAAAUAUUCGCUGAAAACGAUGGCGGCCGAAGUGAGCAUUACCCCGCAAAAUAAGUCAUACCCUGGAAAGUAUACAGUUAUUCCGUGGAAUGUACCCGAACAGCCAUCAAAUGACUCCAUUGGGGAAAAAACUGACACUCAGCAGAUAAAGCCGGACAAAAAAAAGGUUACACGUAAAACGCCGCUAUCAACACGCGGAAUAUACUUUUAAACACGCCUAAUUAAUAUAAAAUGCGCGAGUUGAUAAGUACGCGCAAGAUUAGCAAAUUUUUUCAUUUUUUUGUUUCCAAAAAAACUGAUAAAAUGUUGUAAUGUCAGAUUCGUCUUUUCAUUAGGUAUACCUAUACCUAUUAUCACUUAUCAGCCUUUUAAAAACCAAAUAAAUUUUAUCAUGUCUUUCAACACGUUGUCAAACUUUUAAAAUUCCAUAAAUUUUGGUUUUUUCAAUAUAUGUACCUAUAGAAC